GAGGGACGAGGCAGAGCCGCCGAACUGCCGCCAGUUUCUUCCGUCCACGUAGCCCAUCGCGUCGCCAGCCAACCCAGCAUUCACUACCAGCAUGGGAGUGCAGGUAGAGAACAUCUCCCCAGGAGACGGGCACACCUUCCGGAAGCACGGCCAAACCUGCGUGGUUCACUACACCGGGAUGCCUGAAGAUGGAAAGAAAUUUGAUUCCUCCCGGGACAGGAACAAGCCCUUUAAGUUUAUGCUGGGCAAGCAGGAGGUGAUCAGAGGCAGGGAAGAAGGGGUUGCCCAGAUGAGUGUGGGUCAGAGACCCAAAUUGACUAUAUCUCCAGACUAUGCCUAUGGUGCCACUGGGCACCCUGGCAUCAUCCCACCACAGGCCACUCUCAUCUUCAAUGUGGAACUUCUAAAACUGGAAUGCCAGGAAUGGCCUCCUCCCCGAGCUCCCUGUUCUUGGGUCUGCCAUGGAGGGAUCUGGUGCCUCCAACCGCGUGCACAUAAUCGGCAGGGAGCUCUUCCUGGUGUCCCCACACUCUGUAUAGACAUCUUCACCCACUGAAUGUGUCUGUCACUCCACUUUGCUUCCCACACCUCCCUCUCCUCCUCCCCUUCUCCUCCUAUGUGUGUUUGCCUAAACUACAUGCCAUGAACCUCAAUUACUCGUUUUGCUUUGUUUUGUUUUGGGGUAAAGAUUCAGUUUUAGUCUUUUGGAUCUACGUUUCAGGUUAAGUAUACAGUCAAGUAUUAGCAGCACAAGUGAUGGGUUAACUUUAGAGUAGGAAUUGGUGUUGGGAGGGGGUUGCAAGAAUCUUUAUUUUAUUAUUUUUUUGGAUGAAAUUUUUGUCUAUUAUAUAUU